CCACGGUGUCGUUUUUAUGUCGGAUAAAAAAAACAAAAUCAAACCCUAAUUCGUUUAACUCCAAACCAUCGUCUCCACUCCAGCGGCCGCUCGCUCACGCAUGUCGCAUCAUCCCCUCAGCUCCUUCUACUUGAACGCCGUUCCUGGGAAACCUUCCCUCCCCGUUGCUUUGCCCCGACCAGAGACAAGAAAGAAGAACAACAGCCGCCGCUCUUCCCUGCUUCAGUCGGUUCGGACGCCUACUCAAAUCGAAGCCGGACGACCUUCCUUGCUUCGUCCGUCCACCGAGCGCCGGCGCGAGACGAAGGAGCUCGCUUUCUCGGUCUCGUUCCUCCGGCCGCCGAGCGACGACUGGAGUCCUUGUUCCUCCCGCCGAGCGCCGACGCACUGACGAAGACCUCCCUCCGCUGUCUCUAUUCUCCCUUGCUUGCCUCCUCUCACCGCCGGCCUGCCUCCUUGCCUCAAUAAUCAACUGUGGUAAUUACUGCCUCCCCUGUCUCCCCUGCCUCAUCUGUUUUACUUGCUACAAACCAUUAGUAAUUGACUAAUUGUCUCUUUGUUUUUAUUGCUAAUUUAUUUGUUUGGCAGCCAUGGCCAGUGGAGAAGGAAGUCAAUCGGUUGAGCAACAACAAGCUUCUAAUCAAACCAUUAGCUUCUAAUCCCCACCCUUUUUUUUUCAUCCGGUAUUCCAUUUUUCUUCUACUUUCCACCGCCGAAACUCUGGAGACCGGCUUCCUUUCCUUCCCCAUUUCCCCAGUCUACGUAGCCGACUGGUCGGACUUUCUUCCCUAAACCCCACCCAACUCAAAAACCCUAAUCGUGUAAAUUAACGGCAAUAAACCCGUCGAGUCCCUCAGGAACACAUUUCUCUGAGAAAUUUUGGAGCUGAAAAGGGUUGAAGAAUGGUGUUUGGUCAAGUGGUCAUCGGUCCUCCUGGUUCCGGCAAGACCACUUACUGCAAUGGCAUGUCUCAGUUCCUUCGCCUCAUUGGCAGGAAGGUCGCAGUAAUCAAUUUGGAUCCCGCCAAUGAUUCCUUGCCCUACGACUGUGCGGUCAAUAUCAAGGAUCUCAUUAAGCUAAGCGAUGUAAUGGCAGAACAUUCUCUCGGCCCCAAUGGAGGCCUUGUGUACUGCAUGGACUUUCUGGAGAAGAACAUUGACUGGCUCCAAUCCAAGUUGCGACCUUUGCUAAAAGACCACUACCUGCUUUUUGAUUUCCCUGGGCAGGUGGAGUUGUUCUUCCUUCACGCGAACGCCAAGAAUGUUAUCAUGAAGCUUAUAAAGAAGUUGAACCUGAGGUUGACUGCUGUGCACCUAGUUGAUGCCCAUCUUUGUAGUGAUGCUGGCAAGUAUGUUAGUGGAUUGCUUCUAUCAUUGUCAACCAUGCUUCAUCUGGAACUUCCACACAUUAAUGUCUUGUCCAAGAUCGAUCUAAUUGAGAACUAUGGAAAGCUAGGUUUCAACCUCGAGUACUAUAUGGAUGUUCAGGACUUAUCAUAUUUGCAGUACCAUCUGGAUCAGGAUCCUCGUUCAGCUAAGUAUAGAAAGCUAACUAAGGAGCUGUGUGAGGUGGUUGAGGAUUACAGCCUUGUCAAUUUUUCCACUCUAGACAUUCAGGACAAAGAAAGUGUAGGAAAUCUUGUGAAAUUGAUAGACAAGAGCAACGGAUACAUCUUUGCUGGUAUUGAUGCCAGUGCGGUUGAGUUCAGCAAGAUUGCAGUGCGGCAGACUGAUUGGGAUUAUUACAGAGUUGCAGAAGUGCAAGAGAAGUACAUGAAAGAUGAUGAGAUAAACUUCGACGAAGAUGAAGAAAACAACAGCGAAGAGCCUGGAAAGGUGGCUCGGUAAUUACGUAGUCACCUGUAUAUCUCAGUCCAUGGUGGUGGUUGGUGCAUCGGUCAAGGUGGUUCAUCAGUUUCUUCGAUUGACGGAUUUUGAACUGCUGAUAUUAUAGUUGGUUAUCUUGUUGAUAAACCACAGAGGUCUGUCUCUGCUUAUCUGCCGCAGAAACCAUCAAUGGUGAUCCGACUUGUAUGUAAUCAUGGCACACUGCGGGAAGCAUCUUGUGUCUUGAGCGAAGUUAACAUAAAUUAUUCAUCAGUUUGGGGUCAUCUAGUUAACUACUGUGACGAUCUCUGAUCUUUUUGUAACAAUGUUGGAACAGUCUCUCCGUAUUGACCUGCUGCUAUUGGUAGCUUCUUCGAGUUGUGGAUCCUCUCUUGUGUACUGUUGAUGGAAUUGUAUAGCCGGAUGCGAGUAUUAGGAGAACCCAGGAUUUCAGACACUCACAUUUCGUCUCUUUACAAUCCAGCCAGAUCUCUCCUUAAUUCCUCUGAUACCCGAAAAGAAAAGCCUCACAAAAUC